AUGUAUCCCUGUGGUGCUCCUGACUGUCCGAAAUCUUACAAGGAACCCGGCCCUCGCACAAAGCAUCGCGGAAACUGCACCAAGUACAUCGCAUACCAGGCUCUGCUUAUUCAAGAGCGCCAGGCUCGAGCCAUUGCAGCGGCGGCAGCUGCUUCCACCUCAAACAAGACAUCUGUGCCUGGGACUCUGCAGAAUGAAGCCACAUUGUCUAAGAGAACUCUUUCGCCGUCUAGUACAGGAUUGUCGGAUAAGCGAGGUCGAAAGACCCGAGUGUCACCGUCAUCUGCACCCUCUUCCGUUCGCAAUCCCUCACAGUCCCCGCCGCAAGCCUUGAGUCCCGAGCCAGAUCCUGGUCCCAUGGUCGGAUUCGAGGAUGUACCACCAACAUCGGGCACUUCCUCGCCUCCGUCGCCUCUGUCACCUCCGCUGCCACCCGAUCGACCGGCUUCGCCAGUGCAGCAGACCAAUACCAAAGAAGUUGCGGGCCGGCCAACUCGAAAUCGUGUUCUUCCUGCAAGAUACCGUGAUCACAACCCAGUACCUCUCACCGCCAUUCCUCGGGCAGCUCCGAUCUCGGAGCGGAGAGAUCUGGUGGCAUCCGGAUUAUCAUCCAGUGGAGAAAUCAGUGCUGUGCCGCGAGUCAGACUCAUCGUACGCGAUACAUACCAGACAGUGGCGAAUGUCUUUGGUCUAUGGCGAAGCUACCUACAUCGACCGACGUAUGAUCCCGACGAGCAUAUCGAUGCGGAGGAUCUUUCGAACCGCUACCCGUCAGAUGACCAUCCUGGUGGGGUCAUUCGGGCGACACCAGACCGUCCGAAGCAGGCAGGAGUGCCACUGGUCAACAGAAGCCUCCAAGCGUUGUGGGGCUGGUUCAACAACGGCAGUAUCAAGAAGACGACAGAGCAGUUCAAUGAACUCAUAUCUGUAAUCACUCACAAGGAUUUUGAGGCUGACGAGCUGGUCGGUACGAGCGCCGCGCAAGCCAACAAAGAGGCCGAUCAAGAGGCCCAGAAGUCGUUGCCAUUUCUGACAGAGAUGAAGAUGGCAUCGGUCACAAUCAAUGUACCAUCGGGAUCGCCAGACGUACCAUCACAGAGCUUUGCAAUACCAGGACUGCAGUUUCGUAGUCUCACGUCCGUAAUCAAGGCAGCGUUUGCGGAUCCGAUCUCGGCGCACUUCCAUCUUUCGCCCUUCAAACUGUUUCAUAACGAUACACGCGUUUACACGGAAAUCUACAACUCUGAUGCGUUCAUCGACAAGCAUGACAAGAUCCAACGGACAGGCGAGCUGCCGCCAGAUGAUCCAGAUUGUAAGCUGGAGAAAGUCGUUGCAGCAAUGAUGCAAUGGUCAGACAGCACUCAUCUGACAAAUUUCGGCGUCGCAAAGCUCUGGCCCAUCUAUGUCUUAUUCGGGAAUCUCAGCAAAUACAUGCGGUCCAAGCCGGGAUUCGGUGCAGAACACCAUUUGGCUUACAUUCCAUCGGCCCGGGAUUGGAUUCACCAUCGCGGUUAUGGCAUCAAAUCUGCGAUGGUGGAGAACAUACUACAGGCAACCUCGUCUAUACCAAUUGAAAACGCGUUUAUUGCCCGCCUUGGCUCAUCUUUUGAUCUGCAUCGCAUGCUGGUGGUCGACUUCUUGCACGAGUUUGAGCUGGGGGUGUGGAAGGCUCUGUUUUCACACCUCAUUCGACUUCUUUACGCUCAACCUGGUGGGCCGAGUUUGGUCUCCAAGCUUGAUUCCCGUUUCCGUCAGAUCCCACGUUUUGGACGAGAUACCAUCCGUCGAUUUGCCACCAAUGCUUCGGAGAUGAAGAAGUUGAGCGCUCGGGACUUCGAGGAUCUCCUUCUCUGUUCAAUCCCUGUAUUCGAGGGCCUGUUCCCUGACGAAGAAGAUAAUAAGCGCGUCAUGAAGCUCCUCUAUUGCAUGGCUGAAUGGCACUCUUUCGCAAAACUUCGGAUGCAUACAGAUUCCACCUUAGCGCAUCUUGAAGCACGUACCACAGAACUCGGCCGCUUGAUGAGGCAGUUCCAGUCAAAGACCUGCUCGAAGUAUGCGACCACAGAACUCCCGCGAGAAGCUGCUGCUCGGGCAAGGCAGGAGCAGAGACAGGCUCAGGCAAAGGCCGAAUCGGAUUCGACUCCAUCCUUGACGCGCAAGAAAUGCGCCAGAAACAAAAAGGGAUUGAAUUUGCACACUUACAAGUGGCACAGUCUCGGUGACUACGUCAUGUUUAUCCGGCUCUUUGGGCCAACAGACAAUUACUCGACACAAGUUGGAGAAAGUAUGCACCGCAUCGUCAAACGUUUCUAUGGCUUGACCAACAAACGCAAUCAUGCAGGUCAGAUAGCUGUGCGGGUGACCCGGAUGGCCCGCGCUCGUGUUUCGCAACGUGUCCGGGAUGCGAAGAAGAUGCGCCAUUUCCACCUUGUUGGAUUUGACCAGCCAGAUCCCUUCACAAUGAACGAUAAUCAAGCUCAUCACGCAACAAGCCUAGUGCGGAGAUAUCCCUUGUUCCUCGAAGACUUCAGCUUUGCUCAAACAAGGGAUCCUGCGCUAAAGAAUUUUGUACCAAAGCUGCAGGACCAUCUGCUCGGUCGCUUGCAAGAGCGCAAUUUUGAUGGUGACACACACGAGUCGUUCAAAGCGCAGGAUCGGCAAAGUGUUCAGGUUCACGGGAAUCGGCUAUAUGCCACAAAGACGCUCCGGAUCAAUUACACUAUGUACGACGUCCGUCGCGAACAAGACAUCGUCAACCCACGGACUGCACCAUUUGUGAUGGUGCGCUCACCGGAAACAGAACCAGACGCACAUCCUUAUUGGUAUGCACAAGUUCUGGGAGUCUUCCACACCUCCGCAUUCAUAUCCUCUUCAACCCUUGUCACGGCUCCGAAAUCAUUCGAAUUUCUAUGGGUCCGAUGGCUUGGAGUAGAGCCUGGGCAUCGUGCCGGUUUCAAGAAUGCACGGCUGCCUAAGGUUGGCUUCGUGGAAGAGUCAGAUUCGCUUGCGUUUGGGUUUUUGGACCCGGCUUAUGUCGUUCAGGAUCAAGAAGUCACACUAGCGGAUGAGAAGGAAGGCGACGAAGAGGAGGAGGAGGAAGAGGAGGAAGAGGACGAGUCGUCAGAGGAGGAAGAGGAUGAGGAGGACCUUCAAAACGAGGACAACUUUGGGGCAGAUGACGGCAAAGAUGACUAUGAAGACACUGGAUAUGCAGAUCUCUAG